GCACAGAGAGACGCGAUGCCGCCUGCGCUGUUUCCCGGCGACCGGUGACUCUCGCGAGACGCGCUCAUUGUUAGGUCGCACCUGUCAUGACAGCAUGGUGACCGACGUUCCGCUACCGUUCGCCGGACCGCGACGCCGAAUACUGCGCACGGUGCUCGUCUGCUCUUCCUUUCUCUUCUUCUGCUCCUUCGCCUUCUCGUCAACGGCGGCGUCUUCACAGAUACAGAUUGACGAGUCCGUGCCAGUGGAGGAGGCGACGGUGGUGCUGGCCGAGGUGGCGCGCCUGCCCUGCUCGCUGGAGCCGCCCGACGCCGACGAUCAAGUGGCACUCGUCAUCUGGUUCAAGGACGAUAACGCCUCCCCCAUCUACAGCGUGGACGCUCGCGGGCGCGUGCCGUCGCACUGGGCGGACGACCGGCGCCUCGGCGGGCGCUCCUUCUUCCGGCUGGCUGGCGACCGGCCUCCCGGCCCGCACCUGGCCAUUGAGGGCGUGCGCGUCGCCGACGCCGGCUCCUACCGCUGCAGGGUCGACUUCCGCCGAUCGCCCACCCGCAACUCCGUCGUCCGGCUCACAGUAAUCGUUCCACCCGACAACGUGAGCAUCCUGGACGAGCACGGCCGCGUGGUCAAAGAGGUCCUGGGCCCCUAUCCAGAGGGCGCGCAGCCCACCGUGUCCUGCGUCGCCACCGGUGGCCGGCCCAUCCCGCGGCUGUACUGGCGGCUGAACGGCGCGCCGCCGCUGGAGGGCGCGCUGGAGCAGCAGCGGCUGCUGCCGGAGGGCGGCGUCGCGGCGUCGCUGCGGCUGCCGCGGCUGUCGCGCGCCCUCCUGCUCGCCGUCGUCUCCUGCCAGGCCGUCAGCAGCCCCCACGUGCCGCCCGUCGCCGCCAGCGCCGCCGUCCACCUGCUGCAUUGA